UCCCUCGGCGGCUCAGGCAUCCAGGGCGGCGCGGGAGGGAGGGAGGAUGAACCUGGAGCGGCUCAGGAAGCGAGUGCGCCACUACAUCGACCAGCAACAGUAUCAAAGUGCCCUGUUUUGGGCUGACAAAGUAGCUUCACUCUCUCAUGAGGAGCCACAGGAUAUCUACUGGUUGGCCCAGUGUCUUUACCUAACAGCUCAGUAUCACAGGGCAGCACACGCCCUUCGAUCGCGGAAGUUGGAUAAGUUGUAUGAGGCAUGUCGCUACCUUGCAGCUAGAUGUCAUUAUGCUGCAAAAGAGCAUCAACAGGCCUUGGAUAUUCUUGAUAUGGAGGAGCCAAUCAACAAACGACUUUUUGAAAAGUACUUGAAGGAUGAAAGUGGGUUGAAAGAUUCUGCCACAGACUGGGAGAUGUCACAGUCUUCAAUCAAGAGCUCUAUAUGCCUUUUACGAGGGAAGAUCUAUGAUGCUUUGGAUAAUAGAACACUGGCAACUUACAGCUACAAAGAGGCCUUGAAGCUUGAUGUUUACUGCUUUGAAGCAUUUGAUCUUUUAACAUCACACCAUAUGCUGACAGCACAAGAAGAAAAAGAACUCCUUGAAUCUCUUCCUCUUAAUAGACAGUGUACGGAAGAAGAACAGGAAUUGCUUCACUUUUUAUUUGAGAAUAAAUUGAAAAAGUAUAAUAAACCCAGUGAAACACUGAUUCCUGAAUCAGUAGAUGGUCUUCAGGAAAACCUGGAUGUGGUAGUAUCCUUAGCUGAAAGGCAUUAUUACAACUGUGACUUCAAAAUGUGUUACAAGCUUACUUCAGUAGUGAUGGAAAAAGAUCCCUUCCAUGCAAAUUGUUUACCUGUACAUAUAGGGACACUUGUGGAGCUUAACAAAGCAAAUGAGCUUUUCUAUCUUUCUCACAAACUGGUGGAUUUGUACCCAAAUAAUCCUGUGUCAUGGUUUGCAGUAGGAUGCUAUUAUCUCAUGGUUGGCCACAAAAAUGAACACGCUAGAAGAUAUCUCAGCAAAGCUACUACACUGGAGCGAACCUAUGGCCCUGCAUGGAUAGCAUAUGGACAUUCAUUCGCAGUGGAGAGUGAGCAUGACCAAGCAAUGGCUGCGUACUUCACAGCUGCACAGCUCAUGAAAGGGUGUCAUUUGCCGAUGCUCUAUAUUGGACUGGAAUAUGGUUUGACCAACAAUUCCAAGUUGGCUGAACGGUUUUUCAGCCAAGCUUUAAGCAUUGCACCUGAAGAUCCUUUUGUUAUGCAUGAAGUUGGAGUGGUAGCAUUUCAAAAUGGAGACUGGAAAACUGCAGAAAAGUGGUUCCUUGAUGCACUGGAAAAAAUCAAAGCUAUUGGAAAUGAGGUAACAGUUGAUAAGUGGGAGCCUUUAUUGAACAACUUGGGACAUGUCUGCAGAAAACUCAAGAAGUAUGAAGAAGCACUGGAAUACCAUCGCCAGGCUUUGGUAUUAAUCCCUCAGAAUGCUUCUACUUACUCUGCCAUUGGCUACAUACACAGCCUCAUGGGCAAUUUUGAAAGCGCCAUUGACUAUUUCCACACGGCCCUUGGUCUCAGACGGGAUGACACAUUUUCAGUCACAAUGCUUGGACACUGCAUAGAAAUGUACAUUGGUGAUUCUGAAGCCUAUAUUGGAACAGAGAUCAAAGACAAAUUAAGAUGUUAUGACUUCGAUGUACACACAGUGAAGACUUUAAAGAACAUAAUUUCACCUCCCUGGGAUUUCAGAGAAUUCGACAUAGAAAGACAAACUCUGGAUGAAAGUGGCAUAGUAACAUUAGAGACAUCAAAUCAAAGGAAAAGUACAGAUACCAGUCGCCCAUUGGAAGAAACAUUUGAGAUUGAAAUGAAUGAAAGUGAUAUGAUGUUAGAAACAUCAAUGUCAGACCACAGUACGUGACCAUAAAUACUGGUAGAGAGCUCAUUUUGUCUAAGUGUAGUAUGUUUGUUUUAGCAUUUUUGUUAUGGUGUUGUACUUUCAUGAAAUUGCUAUUUUUUAUAUGAAUUCAAACUACUAUGUACUUAACACUGGGAGUUUUGUAGUUCCUACUUUAUAAAUAUUCCUUUCCUGAUA